GUGAACAAGUAACAACAAAGUCGAAAGCGAGUGGAAAACGCAUUUUAUUGCACAGCGGCGGACGGCGGACGGAUUCCUGCUCAUUUCAUUGGAUUCAAAGCGUCGAAGCCACGGCCGCGUCCAUUAUUUUAGGAAGAUGUCCUCCCGGUACAUAAAAUAUGAUCGCUGUUCAAUUUAUUGCGGAGAAUAAAGCGAACUUUUGAUAGUUGUUCGCCAAUCAACCACUAAUUAAUAUACUUUUGAAACCAGUUUAUCUUCAGACAUUGAAUAUCAGUGAUAAAACAGUUUCUAAUUUAAAGUUUCUUCAAGAAUUCAUCAAAAUGUAUUCUGCCAAGAAAUCUGAUGAAACCUCCAGGGUGUAUGUUAGUAAAGUACCUGCAGAAGUCAGUGAGCUUGGUUUAUUCAAUGCUGCGACAAAACUUGUUGGGGCGCCGCCACUUCACUGCUACCAACAUCAACCCCAGCAGCAAGAGUCCAGCAACGAAUGUCUUGAUUAUUCAACAUGGGCUAUCCUGGAGUUUACUGAUCAAAGUUUAGCGGACGAGUUUCUGCUGAAAUCAAAAAAGUAUACAGUCUUGGAAAUUGAUUCCGAGCUAGGCCAUAAGAAACUGGAUCGCUUUGAAGCAAGCAACAAAAAACAUCUGUCGUAUUCUGGACCUGCUAAUUUUCAGGAAGUUUCUGGCUUUAAUAGUGCUACGAAGCAGCUUGACGGAAGUGAUGAAACCCCAAAGACAGUUGAUACAGUUGUUGGACGAUGCUACAAACUGCCUCCAAGUGGCAUCACCUGUGCUGAUGCUGAUGGAACCAAUCGCUAUAUCCAAGGACCCUUGAUGAAUGGUUUGAUUCAAUACACGAGAGGUGCUGAAUUUGGCCGAGAUGAAUCUGUAGAUGCGUUUGGCGACUAUUUGAGAGGAUACUAUGAUGACUUCAAUGAUGUCCUCAAAUGGAAUUUAAAGGGUGAAGUUGAGGUUGACAGUCAGUUGCUAGAAAGAAAGAAGUUGGAAAGUUCCGAUGGCACUCAAAAAUACUCUCAACAAGUUAACUACUGCUGUCCAGAAUCCACCUUGGAUUCAAUGAGCAAAAGUGCUUUGCUUGCCACCAGCGAGAGUGGCUGUUUUGGUUUGUGCUGGAUUUGUCAGCAAGUGACUCCCACUUGUUGCUCCAAUUGUGGAAAACGAUUCUGCAGUCUCUUCUGCUACAAUUUGUUUUCCGAGCAUUCUCAUGGUAAUUGCGACAAGAGGAGCAAAGCAGCAGUGGCUAGUUGGUGGACUAGAAAACUUGCAAAGAUUUUCAACAUUUCACCUACAAAUCAAAGCAAAAUGGAUGCUCACGAGAAGCCCGUUGGUGAACCCUUACAAAGCUGUGAAACAACUGUGAAGGAAAAUGUUCAAGUCUUUGAGUGCACUGUAGAUGAGAUUUUCAAAGAGUUUGGAGAACCAGUGGCUUUUAUCUGCACCUUGCACCCAAACAAUAAGAGCGACCUUUCAAUUUGCCAUAAAUUUUCCGUGUCCUCAUGCUUUGAGCAAAAUCUUGAAAGAACCCAGUUUGUUGGUACGGUCUAUAUGACGCACAUCCCAGAGCAAAAUUGUUGGUGGGACCAUAUUGUGGUUCACAAGACUUUGUUAAUAAGUUGCAUGGAAAUAACAAACAAUAGAAAACUGCUUGGCAAUGUGUUGAUUGGACCAAAUACUGUUUUCCAAGUAAAACUUGAGCCAUGGUGCGUGCCCAACAUUACACGAGAGCUGGCGGCUCGGCUUCCCAUUACAAGUGGUCAAAGCGAAGAAGUGACUCUUUCGGACAUCUGCUGCUCCAAUAUGCUUUAUUUAGGUUUGACAGACAACUUCAUCCAACACCUUCAGCUGAGCUUGGACAUUGACUGCUUUGCUUCAAAUUCAGAUCCAUUUGAGGUCUUACCAUCAGUUGGAAGCUUUGUCAUUGUGCGCUGUAAGGUGGGCAACUGGCAGCACCACAGGGCACAGGUCAAAAUGCACACUUCAGUUGAAUCUUGUUUAGUGCAUCUUGUAGAUACAGGCAGGAAAGAGCUAGUGACGCUCAAGAGGAUUUUCCCCAUCCCUGAUGCUAUGCUUAAUAUGCCAGCAAGGUGCAAAUUGGUAGAGUUGGAUGGUGUUGAAGACAUCCCUAUGUCCCAAGAGGCGAUGCUCUAUCUACAUGAUCUAAUCAGCAGAGGAGCCAAACUGACUCACAAAAUCACUGAGAGUGGAAAAUCUAUCCUCGAAGAGGCUGAGACUGGACGCCAUGUUAAUGGGAAUUUGAAAAAAAAACUUAGGCAUUCAUGGCAAAAUCCUGAAGAUCAUUCUUUAUUGGCUGAUGCUCAACUUCUUUCAUUCAUCCCAGAGACAGAAUUUUUGCCUGAAGGAGAACUCUUGCGUCUCACAAUUUUGCAAUUUAAACAGAGCAAGCUGUGUGGCACGUUAUUAACAUGCUGCAAAACUGAGAGCCCUCUCUUCAACACUGUUGUUCGCUUGCUUCCUGAAAUGGCCCAGAACUAUGUUGACUCCCUCCACAUCAAUUGCUAUGUGCCUCAAAGCAAACUAUGUCUAGCUCAGCAUGAUGAUAACUUGUGGUACAGAGCUUAUAUCACAAGUAGUACAGAAGACUCUGUAAAUUUGAUCUUCUUUGAUUUUGGAGAUUGCGUAAAAAACAUUCCGUUCACAAAGAUUAGGAGACUUCCCUACGAGUUUCUAGAGAUUCCUUCCCUAGGCACAUAUGCAACUGUGGCAGGUAUGGAAUCAAGUGUCCUCUCCAACAACGUAAGAUUGGCGUCAAGAGCAAAGGAGCUUCUUCGGCCUGGAGUCAUUUUAGAAGGUAUUGUCUUGUACAACGAGGAUAACUCGGCACUCUUAGUAGUGCCCCAUCUCUUGAGGUCUUUGGCCGAAGAAGGACUGCUUCUUGCCAGCACAACGAGGGAUAUCAUGAAUGUCUUGAGCACCUCCAGUUUCAAUGCUUGCAAGCUCGCUGUCAAAUCACUAAGCAAAGUUUUUGAGACUGCCCAAAAUGCCACUGAAAUUCUUGAUGUUAAUCAAAACCUGACGUCAAGUGACCUUCUAAAAGCAAAUGUGUUUUUGGAGAAAGUAUUGCUGGAUGAGGUUUUAGAAGAAGAGGUGUCCGAGUGUGCCAAAAACGUUUUGGAAGAAUUCCAUUUGUCUCGCAAAAGAUUACUGCAAUGCUUCAGGAUGAAUUACUAUUGGUACCUGGAAGAAUGGACUACUAUAAAUGAGAUGAAACAAAAAAUACAACCUACUCCUGAAGUUGAUAGGGCUAAUGAUGAAUCUUCCAACUCUCCAAUUGCAGAUAUUCCCGCAGUUGAUUCGCUGUUGGAUGAUAUUUUUGGACUUUUAAAAUGACACGAGAAGCAUUUUUCUUAAAUUGAGAUUUUAUAUUUCAAUAUGAUAUAGGACAUUACAUUUAUUUAAACAUUAUUCACGAAACCUCUAGCGUUAGCUUUCAAUUUAUGUAAAUUUUGUUCACCGAUCUAACUUUUGAG